CCGAAUGCUAGGUUAUUAUUCUCGUUUCGUCACUUGCCUUUGUGAAUUAUCGUGAUUAUAUUGUUAUGCAGAUGAUAUAAUUCACAUCAUGCUGUUAUGUUUUCUUUGUCAUUAUCGUUAAUAAACAUGCUAUCCUUUUUCCGAAAAUUAUCAAUUGGCGGAAAGAUAAAGGAUGGUAUACUGCCAGAGACAGUCAUGGGAACGGCAGAGGAUCUAUUGACGGCGAAGAAUGAAACGUUAAAGACUGAUAUCGAGUUAAAAGAAUCCGUUUACGAUUUAUUAAGAACGAUCAAGGAUCCUGAAAAACCACAAACUUUAGAGCAAUUAGAUGUUGUCUAUGAAGAUUGCAUAAAAGUUUGUCACAGUACACCAGGAGGAGUUUCUGUCAUUCGUGUGGAGUUUAAUCCUACAGUGCCUCAUUGUUCUUUGGCAACUCUCAUAGGAUUGUGCAUCCGCGUUAAAUUGGAACGCCAGUUAUCAGCGUCGUUUAAAUUAGAUAUCUAUAUUAAGAAAGGUGCACAUUCCACUGAACAGGAAAUUAACAAACAAAUUAAUGAUAAAGAACGUAUAGCGGCUGCAAUGGAAAAUCCAAACUUACGGGAACUGGUGGAGAAAUGUAUAUUAGAAGAAGAUUAUUAGUGUUUUGCAAUAAAGCAUACGCUAUGUCAGAUAUUUUUCUGAGAAAUACAAUUUUAAUCUAGUUUAUUACACCAUGUAAAUAAAUAAUGUAUUUUGUUUAUAUUAGCGUAUAAUUAAGUACAACUCAUCUUGCGCAUAAACAUGAUGAAGUUAUUUCAAU